AUGGCCGAUAGGCAGCAGACGCACCCGGAAGAUCAGAUGAUAAUCGCCGACAUCACCCAAGGGUGGUCACUGCAGCAGGAGGAGCAGGAGAAGAUGCAGAAGGUCAUGGAGGAAGGGAUCCUUAGGCACGAGACGACGAACUGGCUGAAGAGGACCGGCUGGUCAGCCCACUUCGCCGGGAGGAAUCUGGUGGAUAUCCAAGCCUGCAGCAGGAUACCCGGCCGUGACGACGACGAGCUACGACGGAUGGCCACGGCUCUAGAUCGUCUAUUCUUCGACCGCUGCAUCGGCGGGUUAAAGAGCAUGCCCCUGAUGACCCGCCUGCUCCUGGCCAGCCCCCACCCUCACGAUGCCCACAGCCAACCAUUUGGGCCGCUACAGGAGAAGACCAGUAUGGAUCGCUACCUGGUCUAUGUGAAGCGGUUCUUAUGCUAUUGCCUUAACGUGCUGUCGCUAGAGGAGGAUGCGCUGUUUGCCGAACAUGGCUUUCGCUUCACGCAAGCACAAAGGGCCAGCCUCGAGCUACUCUAG